GGAGAAUCUGAGACACACUGAGGCGCCUGGUGACCAUCCGAGCAACGGCAGAGUGUGGAUCUAUGGGCCGGAGAUAGCUAUUGUAUUUUAUUGUACAGGUCUGUUCCUAAUGCCUUUAAGGAAGAAGCAGUGCACAGCCCCGUUGGAGCUUGAAGAUUUCCAAGGAUUUUCCUGAAGCUUUGUUGUUGUUUGUUUGUUUGUUUGUUGUUGCUGUGCGUCUUGGGACCCCUGGCUGCCUACAGUGCUUCCUGCUGGGAAGAAUACUUUUGGGUUCCUGACUGUCCAGCUUCAGGUACACAUGGCAUUCAGAGAUGUGGCUGUGGAUUUCUCUCAGGAGGAGUGGCGCCUGCUGAGCCCUGCUCAGAGGUCCCUGUACAGAGAGGUGAUGUUGGAAAAUUACAGCAACCUGGUGUCUCUGGGAAUUCCAGUUUCAAAACCGAAACUCAUCACCCAGCUGGAGCAAGGGAAAGAAACAUGGCAAGAAGAGAGGAAAUGCCCACAGGUGGCUGCAGGUCAGGCACAGGCAAAGCUGGAACUCUGCCCUGGUCCUGUCUGCCCCCCAGAUCUCACCAAUCAGAAACUCCCUGUGCAGUGUGUGCUGAGUGAUCGUGCACCGUGGAUCUUUACAUGCCUGUGUGCAAAACGUCACGCCAAUGCAGGAGACGCCUGCCACAGGGCCCAGGAGACGCAGCAGCGAGCCUCUGAUAGAAGCUCCUGCAGCGAUAAAUCAGAAGGUGGAGAGAGAGGUGCCAGGCCUUCAUUUAGAAGGACAAAGAAGAGGAGUUUGGGGACCCUCUCCAGGCCGCCCCUAAAGCAGCCAGUCAGCUUCCGGAAUGGUAUCAGACGGGUAGGGAUGGCGACCAGCCCAGCACAAGCUGGGUGCACUGAAGAACCCGAAAAGUUGUUGAAGCGAAUAGAAAUCUUGGGGUUUGGAACAGUCAGCUGUGGAGAGUGUGGGCUGGGCUUCCGCAAGAUGACAAACCUGCUUAGUCACCAGAGGAUCCAUUCAGGGGAGAAGCCGUAUGUGUGUGGGGUGUGUGAGAAGGGCUUCAGCCUAAAGAAGAGCCUUGCCAGACACCAGAAGGCGCACUCUGGGGAAAAACCCAUCGUGUGCAGAGAGUGUGGGCGAGGCUUUAACCGGAAGUCAACACUCAUCAUCCACGAGAGGACACACUCGGGAGAGAAGCCUUACGUGUGCAGGGAGUGUGGACGAGGCUUUAGCCAGAAGUCAAACCUCAUCAUCCAUCGGCGGACACACUCAGGGGAGAAGCCUUACGUGUGCAGGGAGUGUGGCAAAGGCUUUAGCCAGAAGUCAGCUGUUGUGAGACACCAGAGGACGCACUUAGAGGAGAAGACCAUCGUGUGCAGUGACUGUGGCCUUGGCUUCAGCGACAGGUCCAACCUCAUCUCCCACCAGCGGACGCACUCAGGGGCGAAGCCUUAUGUUUGUAAGGAGUGCGGGCGGUGCUUCAGGCAGAGAACAACCCUUGUCAAUCAUCAGAGGACUCACUCAAAGGAGAAGCCUUACGUGUGUGGUGUGUGUGGGUACAGCUUUAGCCAGAAUUCAACUCUCACCUCCCACAAGAGGACACACACCGGGGAGAAGCCAUACGUGUGUGGGGUAUGUGGACGUGGCUUCAGUUUAAAGUCCCACCUCAACAGACACCAGCACAUCCACUCCGGGGAGAAGCCCAUCGUGUGCAAGGAUUGUGGGCGAGGCUUCAGCCAGCAGUCGAACCUCGUCAGGCACCUGAGGACACACUCCGGGGAGAAGCCCAUGGUGUGUGAGGAAUGUGGACGAGGCUUUAGCCAGAAGUCAAACCUCCUCGCACACCAGAGGACACACUCAGGAGAAAAGCCGUUUGUGUGCCGAGACUGCGGGCAAGGCUUCAGUCACCAGGCCGGGCUCAUCAGACACAAGAGGAAGCAUUCAAGGGAGAAGCCGUACAUGUGCAGGCAGUGUGGACUGGGCUGUGCCAACAAGUCAGCUCUAAUCACACAUAAGUGGGCACACUUUGAAGAGAAGCCCUGCGUGUGGAGAGAGUGUGGCCAAGGCUUUAUCCAGAAGUCACACCUCACCUUACAUCAGAUGACACAAGGGGAGAAGACUUACACAUGCCAGACCUGUGGAGAGGGCUUUAGGCAAAGGUUUCACCUUAGCAGACACAGGAAUGAAAGUGCUCACCACAAACCGCCCCUGCAGCCCGACUUGGAAGCCUGUUUGGGGCACUCAUCUGGGCCCUUCUAUUCCCUUUGAAAAUGAGGAUGAUGGCCGGGCGGUGGUGGCGCACGCCUUUAAUCCCAGCACUCGUGAGGCAGAGGCAGGGAUCUCAGUGAGUUCGAGGCCAGCCUGGUUUACAAGAGCUAGUUCCAGGACAGGCUCCAAAGCCACAGAGAAACCCUGUCUUGAAAAAAAAAAAAAAAGAAAAUGAGGAUGAUGGAAAGGUUCAUUAUCAGAAUUCUUACACUUUCGUGAAGCAGACCAAUGAACUUCAUAAGGCCUACGGACAGUAACUCAGCCCACUUCCUUCCAGUCUCACGUUCUGUGGCCUGUUGUCUAGUAAACUUUCAGCCCGCUUCCUUCCUGUCUUACGUUCUGUGGCCUGCUGUCUAGUAAACUUUCAACCCACUUCCUUCCGGUCUCAUGUUCUGUGACCUGUCUAGUAAACUUUCAGCACACUUCCUUCCGGUCUCAUGUUCUGUGACCUGUCUAGUGAACUCUGCUUCUUUACAAGUCUGCAACCUGAUUUGUGAUUCUCAUUCUUUUAGGAAAUGGACCAUUCAGGUGUCUUGAACUCAC